AUGGUGUUUGAUAGUCAACCGGUCAGCUUCGACCAGUUCAAAGAAGCCUUAAUCCUCAUCCUAUCCAGGACAUUAACAAAUGAAGAGCCAUUUGAAGAACCAGAUUCUUCACCAGAAGCCCAACCCAAAUAUAUCAAGGGCGGGAAGCGCUACGGGAGGCGAUCUUUGCCAGAGUUUCAAGAGCCCGCAACGGACUUUGCGAAGGUGACGGUGAUCGAACCACUGAAUGAGGAAACCCAGCCGCCCUGCCUCUCCAACGAGGCCUGCGACGAGCCCUGGCAGUCCCAAGACAGCGAGGAGUAUGAAGCAGAAGGCCAGCUGAGAUUCUGGAAUCCUGACGACUUGAACGCGUCUCCCAACAUCUCCCCGUCUCAGGACUGGAUAGAAGAGAAGCUACGCGAGGUGUGUGAGAAUCUGGAUAUCCCCAGAGACGGCCACCUGAACAGAGAGAAGCUGGUCUCCAUUUGUGGACAAUAUGGACUGCAGAAUAUUGACACGCAGGGGCUGGAAGAGGUGUUCCGCAACCUUGAACACGAUGGGAUGAUGAGCAUCGAAGACUUUUUCUAUGGCUUGUUUAAAAUCGGGAAGCCCCUCCCGCCGUCAGCCUCCACCCCAUACAGGCAGCUCAAGCGGCACCUCUCUGUGCAGUCCUUUGACGAGAGCGGAAGACGCAACACAACAACGUCGGCAAUGACCACGACAAUCAGCUUUCGGGUCUUCUCCAGCCUGGACGACGGGACGGGAUGCGCUGAGGUAGACCGAAUCCUCGACGUGUGGCACCGAGGACUCGAGAACAGCCACGAGAUCUUGAAGGGCUUAGAUUUCAGCCUGGAAGGCAAAGUCAACCUAAGCGAUCUCACGUUCGCCCUGGAAAAUGAGCUGCUCGUCACAAAGAAUGGGAUCUACCAAGCUGCCCUUGCAAGUUUCAAAACGGAGAUCAGGCAUCUGAUGGAACGGGUGGACCAGGUGGUCAGAGAAAAAGAGAAGCUGCGCUCAGACCUGGAGAAAGCGGAGAAACUGAAAUCGCUAAUGGCCUCUGAAGUGGAUGACCAUCAUGCUGCCAUUGAACGUCGAAACGAGUACAACCUGAGGAAACUGGAUGAGGAGUACAAGGACCGGGUAGUGGUUCUCAAGAACGAACUCCGGAAAGAACGGGAGCAAAUCCUUCAACAAGCCAGCAAGCAGCGGGUAGAGCUGGAACAGGAGAUCGAGACACUGAAAACAGAGGAGAACUACCUCCGGGACCGCCUUGCUCUAACUCUGAAGGAAAACAGUCGAUUGGAGUGCGAGCUUUUGGAAACGGGGGAUAAACUGGCCAAGUAUGAAAGCACCACGAGCAAACUGCAGAAGAACUUGGAGAACGUCUUGGCCGAAAAGUUUGGCGACCUCGACCCCAGCAGCGCAGAGUUCUUCCAGCAAGAGGAGCGGCUGAUGCAGAUGAAGACCGAGUACGAGCGGCAAUGCAGGGAGCUCCAAGACCGGAUUGACGAGCUGCAGUCUCAGCUGGAAGUUUUUCGGACUCAAGGCAAAGUGGUCCGACAUUCGCUGAAAAGCUCCCUCUACGAGGAGCUGGCCAAUGGUGGCGAUGAAAGCAAUCCUGAGGUCGGUUCCGAGGAGUGCAACCCGCUGAACAUGAGCAUAGAAGCGGAAAUGGUCAUGGAACAAAUGAAAGACCAACACCAACAGGAUCUCCACAACCUUCAGCAGGAACUGGAAAACACAAUCCACCACUACAAGAAGCAGCUGGAGGAGACGCAGAGCCACUGCGAGGAGGAGAAGGCCCAUCUUCAGCAGAAGUUCUACCAGGAGAUGCUAAGAAGGGAGCAGCAAGUGGACGACCUCCAAACCCAAGUUUCUGAACUCCGGGCAGAGCUGGCCCAACUCAGGCAGAGGGCUGGCCCGGAACAGAGGGAGGUGCCGUUGGGUGCGGAGGAGCCAGUCACCGGCCAAGAGGCUCUAGGGCUCCAUCAUGGAAGGGAGCUUCAGGCCCAGGUGGAAGAGACGCGGGGGAGUUUUCACCGAGAGCGGGAGGAGCUGAUCCAAGCCGGGGUUUGGAUGGAGGCGAAAAUGCGAUCGAUGGCCCAGACCGUCCAAGAAGAGAAAGCCGAGUUGGAGCACGGGUUCUGCAAGCAGCUGGAACUGCUGGUGGAGAAACACGCCCUAGAGAAAGAGCAGAUCCGGCAAGAACUGGCCGAGAAGCACCAGCAGGAGCUCCAGGAGGAGAGGAUAAAAAUGGAAAGCGAGUUUAACGGAAGACUCUCGCAGGCCGAGGAGCAGUUUGCAAUCGACCGGCAGGCCCUUGUGAGCAAAUACGGGGAGGCGGUCAAAAAUCUGGAAGAACGCUACCGGCAAGAAUUGCAAGAGCUUUCCAAGUUGCGGGAAGAGGAGAAAUCCGGGUGGGAAUUUGAAAAGGAGGAACUCAUCCAGGAAGGUGCAGAGGCCCAGGAGAGAUGGAAGGAGGUAUUUGAGAAGGAGAAGGCUCUUUCGUCAGUGUUGACCCAAGAGAAAGAGCUCCUGGAGAAGAAUUUCAAGGAGCUCGUGAACUCGUUGAUGGUGGAGAAGGAGCAGCUUCAGAAGGAGAUCGGGGAGGCAAAGAAGCAAGAAGGUGAGUUACGGGGUCAGCUCUUACACAUCGAAGCCAGUCUCCAGAAGGAGCUGAGAGAGAGGGAAGAAGAAAUCGCUGCUCUCGAGGGAAGCCGGAAGCAGGUCAGCCGAAAGCUUGAGAAGAUGGAGAUGGAAUUUUUGCAUGAGAGAGAAGAACUGAAUUCCAGACUGGUGGCUCUCGAGCUUUCGAAGGAAGAGGCGAUUCUCAGAGCUUCCGCAGAAGAGCAGGAGCUGAGGUUGGAAGUCGCAAGGCUUGAAAGUAAAGUGGAAGAACUUCAGCGGGAGUUGGUUCACCUGACUGAACUGCAGAGAAACUGUGUCCUACAAAGCCAACAUGCAGAAAUUGGGGGUGAUGAUUUUCCAGGGGAAACCCAGGAGAAAAGAGAGGUGCGAGAUGACCUUCCAAACAUGGAAGACGUUCAAGAUCCAACAGGAGAUGGAGACACGGCAGAAGUGUUAGCAAUGGGAAACUUGCGGUACGAGCUGGAAGAGCCCGUUCAUUCUCCACCUUUCAGCCCAGCCACUCCAGAAAUAUUUGUGGAAUCUCAGCUCCUGAAUCCAACUGACAAAGACAGUGAUGACGAGCAAGGACAAGAUCAAAUGGAAGAGGGAGAUGCAAGUGAGCAUCCUAUCACAGCAAACGAGACGGCAACCUCUAGAGAAAUGACAGAGAUGUGUCCUGACUUGGACAAGGCCUGUGAAGAAAUUCGGUCUGAGAACGAGACCCUCAGACACAAGAAUCGGCAGCUGCAAGAGAGGAUCUGUCUCCUGGAGAUGGAAUGCAAGCAAGCAGCUCUCGAUCGGCAAGACAUGGCUUCUCAGGUCCAGAGAGAGCUGGAUGAGAUCCUUCAGGCGAUUCCAAGGCCCAAGACGUUGACCUGUGGAGAUGACGAGAGAGAAGAAGAAAGAGCCCAUCAGGCAGAAAUGGAUGUCGCGCAAACGCAUCCCGACUGUACAGCAGAAAACCAGAGCCUCUUUGCUGAUGAGUCCGAGGUUGACUUGAGUAUUGAGGAAGUGACUGACUAUUCCUUGCAGUUUUGGAAGGACCACGGCGAAGCUAUUAAAGAGGGGGAGCUGAAGACAGAGCACAAUGCGAGCGACAGAGCCCAGCUCAAAGUUCUUGCGCUGUCCGAAGAGCUCCAGCUGGAAAACCGAAUUCUAAAAGCCGAGGUGGUGAACCUGUUUGAGCGGAACAGCAAGCUGGAGAGCUACAUGCCGCGGCUGAUAAGCCUGCAGCGCGGGUUAGAGGAAAGCGCUCGAGCCAACCUCAAAUGGAAACAGGAGAAGCAGCGACUCCAGGAUAAAGUGAGGGAGCUGGAAGAGGCCCGGGACCAGAUGGCAGUGGAAAACCAGGAACUGCAGAGCACGAAUCCGCGCUUGCGUAGCCCGCAUGGGAAACUGGAAGACUUUAUGGGAACUCUGAAGGCCCUGAAAGGGAGACCCGGCCUUUGCGCAGAGGGCACCAAAGAGGCGGAAGCGGAGAAGAGGGGACUCCAAGAACUGAACUGGAAGCUGAAAGAGAGAGUGGCCACGCUGCUGAAGCAGAGCGCCCAGGAGAAGGACCACUUGAACGUGGUACUCCAAGGCUUGCAGUGCACCUGCAUGGAGCAGCAGCAGCAGCUGAAGCGCUGGAGGUGUGAGGCUGAGAGCCUCAGAGAAGAAAACACCAUUUUAAGGAAAGAAAUCAGUUUGUUGAAUGAGGAAGGGAAACUUUCAGGCCUGAGACUGAGGGAAUUGAAUGGCUCUCGAGAACUCUGGCAAAAAAUAGAGACUGCGCGGAAAGAGAAAGCGGCAGCGCAGAAGAUGGCUGAAAAUCUGAAGAAGCAGGUGUUGGAACUGCAAGCCAGGAAUCAGCAGCUGGAAGCAGAAAACACUGAUCUGGGCCAAAAGAAUUCCCCCAGCCAGGUGGACACGCCAGAUCUUAACCAGGAGCUGCUGAGGACACGCCGGCAAAGAGAAAGAGAGUCUGAGAAGUGUGUACCCGAAGAAUGGGGGAGAGAGUGUUCUCGACUCAAGGCAGAAAUGGAGAAAUGUAAAAUCCAGUCAUCCGUGCUGGUCUCGUCCUUGGAGGUGGAGCUCCGUCAUCUCAGGGGUGAGGCUUGUGCCUUGGAAGAAGACAACCUUUGCCUGAAACAAGAACUGGAGAAGGUACAACAGCUGCUCCAGUGCCCAGACCUCUCCGAUCUCCAGAAUGAAAUUUCCAGCAUCGUCAUGCAAAACGAGAAGCUCCUGGAAGAGAAGGAAGCCCUCAGUGAAGAGCUGAACAGAUCCACUGAGAAGGUAGCCUUCUUGGAGGGCCUGGUUGCUUCCCUGAAGCAAGAAAAGGGCACUUGGGAAAUCCUGAAGCAGUCACUGAAAGCACAAAUGACAGCAUCGCAAGACAAGGUAUCCAGACUUAAAUCGGACCUCAGAGUAAGUCAUCAGGAGAGCGACGCUCUAAAGCGGGAAGUGAUAUCGUUGGACAAACAGCUGCAGACAGCCAAUAACAAGAAUCGGGUUCUGGAACUCGCCACGCAUCCCACGGGGCUUCAGAACCAGCAGAAGAUGCUGUGCUGGGAAGAACUGGACCACCUGGUCAAGCAAGAGCAGCAGCUCUUGAGGCAGGAAAACGAGAGACUCCAGCAGGAAGUCCAAGGUGCCAAAGCGGAGCUCGCUCAUUCGAGGGAGAAGAUCCGGCAGCUGGAAUCCGCUCUCCUCUCCCUGAAGCACCAGAAACACCAAAGCCCACUGGAGAUCGCGAAAGCGGCCGAGCAAGAGAAGCAGAAGAGCGAACACUUGCAGAAGGAACUGAUCUCUGCUACCAGGAAGGUCAGCCAAAUGAACGCCCUGGAACAUGAGCUGGAAACCAUCAAGCUGGAAAACGAAGAGCUGCGGAAGAAACAGGUCAAGCUGGACGAACAGCUGAUGGAGCGGCUCCACUUGAGCGCCGGCAUGAGGCUGAGCCAGGGCCUGCACCCCCGUGAGCUGCAGGCACACCAACCACCAGGCUGCGCCGUGGUCCCCUGGGAGCAGCACCAGCAGCUGCGGCACCAGCUCUUCCAGGCCGAAAGGAGGAACCAGCGCCUGCAGGAGGAGCUCGAGAAUCGGACCUCGGACACAAACAUGCCGCAGGCUUUGCUUCCAGAGCAGCGCGCUCUGCAUGUGGACACCUACAGGCGGAUCGGGCACCUCUGAUACCCCCUUUGGCUGCUAACGCGUCUCGUUCCGUACUCACAAAAACUGGCCCAGGCUGAAAAAACUUGGGGAAUCCGACUGCUUCUUCGUCCUUUUUUUUUUUUGCGCUUGUUUUUAAUUUAAACGCUGGUUUUAUUUCAAAACUCUCCAGUAUUAUGUUUUCUUUCCCCCGCCCUUUAUUUAUUUGUGUCAGAAAUCUAACUUUUUUUUUUUGUUGUCCGCGUUUGUGGGAGAAACAAAAUCGCACAUUUGCUGUCUUUGUUUUUUAAAAAAAAAUUGUUUCGGGUCAAACUUUUCGGUUUUUUAAUUUAUUUUAUUUAAGAACCGGUCGCCCGGGAGAGUUUGGAAAGAGAAAAACGCUAUUUUUUGUUUUGUUCCCUGCAAAUUUUAUGCUGUAACUAUUUUUACAAAAAACAAAAAGGUAUUGAUUUUUUUAUAUAUCGGAUCCGAAAGAAGAAGAAUUUGAGUUAUUUAUACAGAUUUUUGUACGAGAUGUAUAAGUACUUUUUAAAACGGGGAAAGAGCGACACUUUUUAAAAAAUUUGUAAUUGGACAAAUAAAAUACAAAUUUUAAGUA